AUGGAAAAGGGCGGCCUCGGCUUCCGAGAUCUGAAACAGUUUAACCUCGCGCUUUUGGCAAAACAACUUUGGAGGUUAAUACACUUUCCUUCAUCCUUACUGGCGAGAAUUUUAAAGAGUAGAUACUAUCGUAAUGCUAAUCCGUUGGAGGUAGAGAAAUCAAACAACCCAUCUUACGGGUGGACCAGCAUUAUGUCCGCGAAAAAUCUACUCAAAACUGGUCACCGUCGCUCGAUAGGCUCCGGUGAUACCACCUUCCUCUGGAAAGACUCCUCGAUUCCGGCUAACCCGCCGAGACCUCCCAUUGAUUGUGGUGUAUACAGAGAUCCCCUACUCCUUGUGUCUCAUCUUCUCGAUCCCGUGUCCAAAGAAUGGCGCGACUCGAUAGAAUGGAAGCGCUUUUAG